AUGUAUUUCAUUUCUUUUCUCUUCAUAGGACUCAGAGAUACGAGAAUAGACUUUAAACUUUACAACCUAACCAAUCACACUAGUAACAGGACAGCGUGUUCUAGAGAAAAUCGUAUCAAUCAAGUCAUUUUUCCUGUUCUCUACUCAAUCCUGUUCUUUGCUGGAAUAAUAAUGAAUGCGCUGGCAAUCCGGGUGUUUUUCCAAAUACCAAGUAAAUCUAAUUUCAUCAUUUUCCUAAAAAACUCCGUUAUUUCGGAUUCCCUAAUGAUCAUGACAUUUCCCUUCAAGAUUCUAAGCGAUGCACGACUUGGGCUUUGGUCGCUGAAGGGCUUUGUGUGUCAAGUGACAUCGGUGAUCUUCUACUUUACAAUGUACAUAAGCAUUAUAUUCCUUGGACUGAUCACAAUCGAUCGCUACCUGAAAACAGUCAGACCAUUCAAAAGCUCAACCAAUCCACGUUCUGCAAAAAUACUGUCAGCUGUCAUAUGGAUCAUUAUGUUUUCAGUGUCGCUACCCAAUAUGAUUCUGACAAACAAGACGCCAACUCCAAAAAGUGUGAAGAAAUGUGCCUUCUUAAAAUCUGAUUUUGGGCUAGUUUGGCAUGAAAUUGUUAACUUUAUUUGCCAAUUUAUAUUCUGGGUUACUUUUGUAAUCAUAGUGGUAUGCUAUCUCCUGAUUACUAAACAAUUAUUCCAGUCCUUCAAAAGAACUAGAAGAGAAAUGACAACAUCCAGGAAAAAAGUUAAUUUGAAGGUUUUUAUAGUUAUCGCGGUAUUUUUUGUGUGUUUUGUUCCAUUUCACUUUGCACGGAUUCCUUACACAUUAAGUCAGACUCGAGAUGUCUUUAAGUGCUCUGCACAGAACACCCUCUUCUAUGUAAAGGAGAGCACCCUCUGGUUAUCCUCUUUAAAUGCCUGCCUCGAUCCUUUAAUUUACUUUUUCCUCUGCAGAUCAUUUAAACAAUCUCUGGUGACAAUGUGGAAAAGAAACAAGGCACUUAUCACUUCAUACAAACGCCCCAAAAUUACGGCUCAACACCGCGCAGGGACAGAAGAAUCAAAAAUCUAACAACAUAAUAUGUGGAAUUCAAUAUGAAUUGACAGACUGUUAAAAUAUAAAUCAAGA